UAUAAAAAGAACACGCCAAAAAAUAAAAGGUGAAACUUAAGCAAAUUGGGCAUAUGGGAGAAGAGAGAAAAUAACGAAGAAAUUUUGAUUUAGCUUAGGAAGUUUCUUUGAAACCAAACAUUGGGUACAAGUUUUUUCUUUUUCUUAUUUAAUUUUGUAUACUUAGUCAGAUUCCAGAAGAGAAAUGGGGUCUUAAGCAUUUAAAUGAAAAGUCUUUGAAUAUUUGAUUUGCUUCAAAUUCUUUAAAGAAAGGAGUUAGCUCGAAAUCCUCAAAAGAAAAAGAAAAAGAAUAAAACCAACAUUGCAAGAGUAACAAGAUUUCUUGGAAUUUAAUAAUUCAAGAAUUUGGGUCCUCUUGGUUUUUGUUUUUGAUUCUUACUGGGUUUUUGAGCUUUUCUUCUGCUUCUGCUUGAACCUUUCUCUAUUCUACCAGCUGCAGGAACUCUUCUCUUAACGACUCAAGCAAAGUUUCAAAUUGAAGGUUUUUUAUGGUAGAAUUGGUCUUCCGAAAACUCUGAAAUAGAAACAAAAAAUAAGAAAGAAACAUAAGAAGAAUGUCUUUAGUUAGGCCUGCAGAGCUAUCUGCUACUUCAUAUAGAAACCCCAAGCUUUACUCAUUGAAGGGAAGUAGUACUGAUAGCUCUGCUUUCUCAACCCAAACCUUUGGUUCCGAAAAGCGUAAAACCUUGUAUGUAACCGAUUCCUACAGCAAUGAGAGCUAUGAGAAGUACUUUCUUGAUUCCCCAAGUGAUGAGAUACAACAGCCCUCUUGUUCUAGUGCUUCUGGGAAUUCUUACAACCCUCAAGAUGCCUCGUGUUACCAGCCUCGAGCUGGAUCAUCGGUUUCUCAUUUGACCACUCAUAAUAAUCCUUGUGAUGCUUCUUUCAUGUCCAUUGGGGAUUUUGAGUCAGAUUACUUGGAAAGUUCAAGUCCUGAACUUGGUGACUUUGACAAAAGCACAAUGAGGUUGAAGCUUCAAGAAUUGGAGAGAGUACUCCUUAAUGAUAAUGAUGAUGAUAAUGAUGGAGAUGAAGACAUGGAAGUUGAUGUUGAUUGGGUUGGUCCUGUUCAGAGUGGAUUGCUUAAUGAUUCGCCCAAGGAGUCUUCGUCGUCUGAUUAUUCUUAUCUGAGCAGUAUCAGCAGCAGCAACAAAGAAAUAUCGCAAGUUUCUCAUCGGUCUCCUAGGCAGUUACUUAUCGAUUGUGCUGCUCUUCUUUCGGAAGGAAACAUAGGAGAAGCUUCGGUCAUGAUCAAUCAGCUUCGGCAGAUGGUGUCAGUUGAAGGAGAGCCAUCUCAGAGGAUUGCUGCUUACAUGGUGGAAGGGCUCGCUGCUCGGGUGGCUUCCUCGGGAAAGUUUCUUUACAAGGCCUUGAAGUGUAAAGAACCGCCCACUUCUGACCGUCUUGCAGCAAUGCAGAUCCUAUUCGAGGUGUGCCCUUGUUUUAAAUUUGGAUUCAUGGCUGCCAAUGGCGCUAUCAUCGAAGCUUUCAAGGAUGAAAAGACAGUUCACAUUGUAGAUUUUGACAUUAACCAAGGGAGUCAAUACAUGACUCUAAUACAAAAAAUUGCUGCUAGUAGGAAAGGUAAAAUUCCCCAAUUGAGAUUAACUGGUGUUGAUGACCCCGAGUCAGUUCAGCGUUCGGUUGGUGGCCUCAAAAUCAUUGGUCAAAUGCUUGAGAAACGAGCAGAAGAUCUCGGUGUUCCAUUUAAGUUUCAAGCAGUGGCGUCAAGGACUUCACUUGUCACGCCUUCAAUGCUGGACUGUCGGCCCGGGGAAGCACUCGUUGUAAACUUUGCGUUUCAGCUACAUCAUAUGCCUGAUGAAAGUGUCUCAACUAUAAACGAGAGAGAUCAGCUCCUUCGGAUGGUUAAGAGCCUGAACCCUAAACUCGUGACGGUAGUAGAACAAGAUGUGAACACUAACACUUCCCCCUUUUUCCCAAGAUUUAUCGAGGCCUACAAAUACUACUCGGCCGUGUUUGAAUCACUAGACGCAACUCUUCCAAGGGAGAGUCCAGACAGGACAAAUGUCGAGAGACAAUGCCUUGCACGAGAUAUAGUCAACAUCAUUGCCUGCGAAGGAGAGGAGAGGAUAGAGCGGUAUGAGGUUGCAGGGAAAUGGCGAGCGAGGAUGACAAUGGCGGGAUUCACUUCAUGUCCAAUGAGCUCAAACGUGGUCGAUUCGAUUAGAGAACUUAUCAGACAGUAUUGUGACAGGUACAAGAUCAAAGAUGAGAUGGGAGCACUUCUUUUCGGAUGGGAAGACAAAAGUUUGAUUGUUGCUUCUUCAUGGAGAUGAUGAUGAUGAUGAUGAUGAUAGAGAAUGACAUUUUGGCUCCAUAAAGUUUCUGUCUUUUCUCUUUUUUUCAUUUUUUUCUUCAGUUGGGUUUUGUAAUUUUAUAUUUUUGUGUGGGAUUUUUAUGUAUGCAUGAUGCUUUCUGUGUCUGUCAUAUGUAUGUAAAUCCAAAACAAAAAUAAGUAACUUCUAAUCACCUAACGUUAAUAGAUUUGGCUCAGUACUUGUAUUACACAGCUUUGAGCUUUGCAUUAUCUUUCUUCA